GAAGGCGUAGUAUUUUACGCACAUCCGAGCCUUCAUCAGUAUCCUUGGACUGUGGAGGAGAGAAUCAAGAACAAACAUGUAUCAAAGGGGCUCAAACGGCAAGCCUUCGAACGAUUUCGGACAGAAUUGCGAGGCGGUAUUGGCGUGGUCAUAGAGAGACUGAAGACGCAGGCGAAACAAGACCAGUGGCAACGUGGGCUUCAGCAACAACGACCCAAGCAGUUAUGGAGCUAUGACCAUUCCCUAACUCCCUACCAAGUGUGGACGGUGUACAGAAUGGCCCUCAGACAGCUAAACCUGUUCUUUGAAGGGAGACAACACAGCAAUUCAUGCAGGAAAACAAGCGCGUGUACCCAAGAAAAGGAAACCCAGAGUCACAUUUUCUGGGAAUGUCCGUGCGCGGUGGCAUGCUGGAAAUGGCUAGCUAGACACUGGGGUGGCGCUGACGUGACCGACAGUGGCCUCCUCGGGUACCGAGAGUACUGUGGAGCACGGCAAGCUCCCCCGAUUCCGGACUCACUGAAGAGGAGAGUG